GAAGAAGAAAAAGAAGAAGAGCAUCAGAGGUUCAGACAUGGCGUGGCUCCAUCAGAGUCGAGGUUCUCCAAGACUCGUCCUGGUGGUGGUUUGUGUCGCUCUGCUGCUCGACAACAUGCUGCUCACUGUGGUCGGUGAGGUCGGGUAUCACAUCCCCAUGUUCGCUGGUUUCAUCAUCAUGUUUGUGUCAACCAUCAUGUUUGCGUUCUCAGGGACAUACGCUCUGCUGUUCUUCGCUCGCUCUCUGCAAGGAAUCGGCUCGUCCUUCUCGUCUGUGGCAGGUCUGGGUAUGUUGGCCAGUGUGUACACUGAUGACGAGGAGAGAGGCAUCGCCAUGGGCAUCGCACUGGGAGGACUGGCUAUGGGAGUCCUGAUCGGAGCUCCAUUCGGCAGUGUAAUGUACGAGUUUGUGGGGAAGCGAGCUCCCUUCCUGAUCCUCGCCUUCCUGGCUGUGUUUGAUGGAGCGUUACAGCUUUUGAUCCUGCAGCCUUCAAAGAUUUCUCCUGGGAGUGUGGAGGGGACCCCGUUACUGACGCUCUUAAAGGAUCCGUACAUCCUGAUCAGUGCAGGUUCUCUCUGUUUCGCCAACAUGGGCGUGGCCAUCCUGGAGCCGACGCUGCCCAUCUGGAUGAUGCAGACCAUGUGCUCCCCGAAAUGGCAACUUGGUAUGGCCUUCCUUCCUGCCAGUGUCUCCUACCUGAUAGGAACAAACCUGUUUGGUGUUCUGGCCAACAAGAUGGGACGGUGGCUCUGCUCCAUGUUAGGGAUGUUUAUUGUUGGCAUCAGUCUGCUGUGUGUUCCUUUUGCCACCAGUAUCUAUGGUCUGAUUGGACCAAAUGGAGGUCUGGGCUUCGCUAUAGGUAUGGUGGACUCCUCCAUGAUGGCCAUCAUGGGUUACCUGGUCGAUAUCCGUCACGCCUCUGUCUACGGCAGUGUCUAUGCCAUCGCUGAUGUGGCGCUGUGUAUGGGGUUCGCUAUCGGUCCGUCCACAGGGGGCGCUCUAGUCCAGGCAGUGGGGUUCCCCUGUCUCAUGGUGUUCAUUGGAGUGAUCAACAUCCUGUAUGCUCCGCUCUGCCUCCUGUUACGUAACCCUGCCGUCAGAGAGGAGAAGAUGGCGAUCAUCGACCAGGAGUGUGUGAUGCACAGGAAAAGCUACAACACACAGAAGGAGAGUCGUGAGUUUCCUCUGAGUGACUACAGCGAAGAAGAAGAGACGGAGGAGUGACACACACACACACACACACACACACACACACACACACACACACACCUGAAGAUGUUCAUGUUGUGAUGUUGUCUUCUUCAAACACCUUCAUCAUCAGACUUCCUGUCAUCACACAGUCAGAACAGAAACAGACACUUUUUAAAGGGACAGUGUUGGCAUUAAAGCCCCAUACACCUCCUUAUUAAUUAAAUCUAAUUAAUCAUCAUUUCAGAGCGUCGUGGUUCUCUAAGACAUGUUGUCAUGAACUCACAGACGCUGAGGCAGUUUACAGAGUUACUAAUGUGAUCACAUUUAUGCAACUUCCAUUAAAAGACACCCGAUUUCCUCCUGCUGGCCGUUUGCUAGGCCCCGCCCCCCCUCAGUGUGUCUCCAGUCCCAGUAAAGUGGAGCUCCAGUUCCAGCUGGACGAGGACAUCUAACUGGCCUACUGUCCUUGUCCCAGUAUACAAG